AAAAAAAAUAGAAAAAAAAAAGAAAAAAAAGGAGAUUCCCAUUUGGUAAGGGCACAACAAAGUAUUAAAAAGUCAAAUGAAAUUACGCGUGAUUAAAUUAUAAAUUUAUAAAUCAGAACUCCAAGCAAGUGAUUCUUCUCUAAAAAUAUUAAAAAAUUCAAGCAACUGAUAAGCUGGGUUUUUGACUUCAUUUAAUCAGAAUAGUACAUAAUUUGUAACCAGUGAAUAUUUUCGUUUUUUUUCGAUAUAUUGUUAGGUGAAUGAUAAGGAAAUUGUGUAAACCUAAGUUAAAAAAAAUAAAUUAUAAUUUUCUUUUUUCUAAAAAUAAACAAUUAAAUACAAUAUAAAAGAAGUCUCCCUUGGGAUUAAGUUAGGGUUUGUUUCUAAUAAAACAAACAUAAAAGAUGAAUAAUUUUGAUGUUUAUCUGUGGCCCAUACCGCCCCCAAGACUUAACCCCUUUUAUAAUAAUUUAUUAUUUUAUAUUUCCGACCAAGCAGCGACCAAUCCCAACAACCCUACUUGAUAAAUUGACGUAUACACUGGGAGUAGUAACCAUAAGAUCAUAACGAAUCAACGGUCUCUGAUCAAGUCACCAAAUGUCCAAACAAAUCUUAUUCAGUAAAAUUUGAGACUACACUAUACGCGUCGCACAUGAUUAUUCCCUCAAUAAGACCCCGACACAUGUCACCAACUCCAAUGUCUUCCUCUCUCUCUCUCUCUCUUCUCAGAAUAUAACCUUCAGUGACUCUUUAAGGUCCAAACUUCUCAGUCACCGUUAGAUCAAAAAUUUAAAACUCUCUCUCUCUUCUCUCUCUCUCUCUCUCUGAGUUCUCUCAAAAAUUUAACUUAGCGAUGAAGAAGCUGUACCGGAAGGGGACGGUUCAUCCGUCACCGCCAAUCAUAUCGGACCACCUGUCCUUUCUACCGGCUGCUAUCCUCACCCUCACGGUGGCUUUGACUCCUGAAGACAGAGAGAUCUUGGCCUAUCUCAUCUCCUGCUCCAACGGCGCCCUAAACUUCUCGUCUGCUCCGAGCCAAAGAAGUAGUAGACCCGCCUCCCAGCACAAGAACACAGUCUUCACAAGCUCCACCUCCGGUAAAGAUCACCCGCCGCAGUUCAACUGCGACUGUUUCAGGUGCUACACGAGUUAUUGGGUGAGGUGGGGAUCGUCUCCGAAUCGGCAACUCAUUCACGAAAUCAUUGACGCGUUCGAGGAUCAGUUGCUGACUCAGAACAAAGGAGGGAAGAUUAGUAAGAAAGAGAGAAGGAACAAGAGAGGUAGUAAUAAUAGUACUACUACGCCUACUCGGGGCAGUGUUCGUGGUUCGGGUACUGAGUUGAAUGGGUCCGAGUUGAGUUCGAGGUCAUCAAAGGAAGAUUUGUGUAUCUCGGAAUCGGUCCAAGGGUUGUGCAGUCGUCGCGAUGAUCACGGUCACAGUCAGGGUCAUGUUGAAGGUGAUGAAAAUGAUGAGGAUGAGUCAAUGGCAUCAGAGAGAGGGUCUGUGAGAAGGUUUGUGAAUUUCAUUGGGGAGAGGAUUUGGGGUGUUUGGGGCUAGACGUACUUUAUAAAACAUAUAUAUAUUUUCCUAAAAUUAAAUGAAGAAAAGGAAAAUUAGUAUAUGAAAACUCAAUGAAGAGAGGUGCGGAUGAGCUUAUAAUUUAGUAAGUUUUUUCUUUCUUUCUUGAUCUUCAACAACAAGGAGGAGUUUUACUUUUUGGCCCCAUUGUAAAUUACCCUUAUGUAAAAAAUGGGUAUUUUUUAUUUCUUUUUUUACAUUUUGAAUUAAUGACUACAAAAACUAAUGUUUCGUUC